AUGUACCUCACCAUUCGGGACUUGCCUGUGCUCAGCAACUUAGUGAUGACCGCCGACGUCCGCUUCGCGGUCCUGGACUACGUGGUGUUCGUGUCGAUGAUGCUCGUGUCGCUGGCCAUCGGCGUGUACAGCUCCCUGCGGAAGAAGGGCGCGUCCUCUACCCAGGCGUUCCUAUUCGGGGGGCGCGAGAUGCCCGUCGCGCCCGUGGCUAUUUCGCUGGUUGGGGGCGUCAUCUCGGCUAUCUCAAUCCUGGGCUUGCCAACGGAAAUGUACCUCUACGGAACGCAGCUGACCACUAACAUCAUCGGGUUGACUCUGGGCGUCAUGGUAGUCAAAUAUGUGUUCCUGCCAAUUUUCUAUCCGCUGAAACUUGUCUCCAUAUACGAGUAUAUCGAACUACGCUUCAAAUCUAAAGCACUUCGCAAACUGGCCAUAACUUGCUGGCUGAUGGAGUCGUGUAUGUACCUCGGCUCCUGCCUCUAUGCCCCCUCCUUAGCCCUCCUGUCGGUCACGAGCCUCCCGACGUGGGUCUCCAUUCUCAUCGUGGGCCUCGUCUGCGCUGUCUACAUCUCUAUUGGCGGAGUGCAGGCGGUGGUGUACACAGACGUAGUGCAGACUCUGCUCAUGUUCGGAGGUGUCGUGACGGUGGUGGCUGUUGGCUGCAGGGACUUGGGCGGACUGGGCGGGGUGUUGCAGAUCGCAGAUCGGGGCGGCAGGCUCGAGUUCUUAAAUACAGACCCGAGUCCCUUCGCCCGACACACACUAUGGUCUACCAUCUUCCUCGGUCUCUACAUGGCAUUCAGCAUCACCGGCACAAGUCAGACGCAGUAUCAGCGGUUUGCCUCCGUCAAGAGUCUGGCCAUGGCUCAGAGUCUGUGCUCGCUGUUCAACGUCGGCAUUCUUUUGCUGUGGGGCGUGUUCUACUUCUCCGGCCUGGUCGCCUACGCCGUGUACAGCGACUGCGAUCCCUUGACCGCCGGCAGGAUCGAGAAGCCCGACGAAAUCAUGCCGUACUUGGUCGCGGACAAGCUCAGUCACCUGAAGGGGUUCUUCGUGGCCUCGGUGUAUGGCGGCGUCCUCAGACUACAGCCCCCCCCCCCCUUCUCCCCCGACAGCUCCCUCUCUUCGCAGUGCAACGCCAUGGCCUGCGUCGUGUGGGAGGACCUCCUGAAGGACAGAUCUUAUUUCCAGAAAUUCAGUGACCGCAGCGCUACAAACGUCGUCAAAAUUCUGUCACUUAAAGUUAUUAAUAUAAUUGGUGUUAACAUGAUGUCAUCGGCCAGAAGCAGUGACACUCUAGUUAUGCUAUAUCUUACCACCAAGAUCGUCCACAAAUACUGGACCCCUAACAUAAACACAACUUCUACAACUGCAACCUCACUUCCACCAAACUUUUUUGUGGUUUUAUUCCCUUAG